GGUGCAAUCGGUAUUAAAGGUCCAAAAGGUUUUGCAGGCGAAGAAGGCUGUUGUGGUGCUAAAGGACCAAAAGGUUUGAAAGGCGCUCAAGGUAGUUAUGGAUUCGAUGGACUUAGUGGUGAAAGAGGUUUAAAAGGUCCAAAGGGUGAUAAAGGUGAACCAGCUAUUGUUGAAGGUGUAGAUGAUGUUGGAGAGACUGGACCUAAAGGUGAGAAAGGUGAACUUGGUCCUAAAGGUAUUCGUGGUCGAGAUGGAGCUAAAGGACAACCUGGUAUAGCUGGUCCAAAAGGUUAUCAAGGUAUAAAAGGAGACCGUGGUGAACCAGGUUUAAAGGGUGAAAAAGGAGACACUCCAUCACCGAUUUCCUUACCAUAUGCAGAGCCGGGUGAGAAAGGAUUUAAAGGUGAAAAAGGCACAUCUUAUGAUGAAUCACCUUUAAUCAAAGGACAGAGAAUUGGGGUCAAAGGUUUAAAAGGGCUUCCUGGCCCACGCGGUGAUCCAGGUGAUGAAGGUCCUGCAGGCCCACGAGGCAGUCCGGGAAUAAAUGGAGUGCCUGGAACUCCAGGUCCAAUUGGGGAUGAAGGUACACCGG